AUAUCAAUAGAGGCAGACACUAUUCACACCUUCUACACCGUAACAAACAGUACUCAAUACAUUAUUAAAAAUGUUUCCAACGACACUUUUAGGUCUAUAUUCUUAUUGUUCGGUCGAAAGUACCCAUGUAAAUAAGGGAUGUCUAAGUCAAAAUGAGAGCAGGUCUGGACCUUCUCUGUUUCCGAUGCAGGCGAAUGUAAUGCGCACUCAAUUGCUAUUACUCGAUUACAAACAGUUCAAGGCCGCGCGCACCAUACAAAGUAAUUUCCGUGGUUUUAUCGCUCGUGUCAAAAUGCGAAGGCAACGGAAAGCCGCUCGUAUUAUUCAACAUGCAUGGAGUCGAUAUAUAGGCAGGCGUCAUUUGAUCCUUGUGGCACAGGAUCGCACUCAAGAGUCCCUUCAAAUUUUGUACUACAACGCAUCUCUAAAGAUACAGUCCUUCUUUCGGGGCUGGUGGUCGCGCAAGCAUGUCAACAAUUUGCUCUUCCUCAAGAACAUGCAGCUGCAAUGCGUGGAGGAACUGCUGCAUUCGUAUGCCUUAAAGCUGCGCAGAAUGAUGAGAACCGGCGAAUUGCCAGGAUAUAUUGAUUUUAAUAAGCAAAAAGAAUACACCAAAGUAAAGGACAUACUUACAGCUUUGACUUAUCGAUUUUAUAAUCGAUAUGUGUGCAAUAAGUAUAUGACUGUUAGAACACAGGAGAAUGAACGUCAACGCGAAUUCAUGGAUGCCGUGCUUAGAACUUGGGUGCCAUAUUCUGGCUUCAACCACAAUGCCGCUUGCCAAAGAUGGACAGAUAAUUUUGAUAUUGUGCCCAAAGUCUAUGCGCUCCGUGAAUACGAUGUGGCCCAGUUCUUUAUGUCACAGACACGAACACAGUUAAACACAUCACAGAAAAAAUCGAUGCAGGCCAAAAGACAAGAAAUGAAGGUUUUACAAGAACGCCAAUUCUGCAGAGACGUCGCGAAUAGUAUGAGAUUUUGGAGCGUUUGUAACGCGUGUAAGGGGAAACUCGUCGAUAGCGUAAUGACCAAACAGUUUAAGGAGUACUUAGCCGAUAUCAAAUCCGAUCUGGAGGCAAUGGAUUAUAUGCCCAACUGCAAUUGCACCUGUGAAUAUUUGCACCAAGAUACAUUGAAUAGUCAAUCGGCAUUGCUUUUCCAAACCAAACAGGCAGCUUCCUCGCUAGAGCCAAGGGACAAAUAUAUAGAUAUGUGGCAAGAAGUACAGAAACUACGCUUGAUAGAGAAAUAAAGGACGAUUUCCCGUACUUCAUUGGAAAGCCAUGAAAUAUUGGCGUAUUUAUCGUUCGAGGUAUGGGGGCACAAAACCUCAGCGUUGGCUAAUUGUACCUAAAGGCAGUUCAUUGUGCAAUACAGUUGGCCACAAUUACAUUCGUAAUUAGCGGGAAAAUUGUAUAUAAUUUUAUAUCUAUAUACGCAUUGACUAAUAAAACGUGGCAGCAGGUGAACUCUA